AAAAAAUCACUCUUUUAAAAACAGCCUCCCACCCCUUCUUCUCCAGAACUUCAUCUUCUUCCCCACCCCCCCACCUUAUCUCCAUACAUCCCACUCUCUCAUCUCAUGCCCAUAUUGCAGAACCUCCUCCUCUUCCUCCCUCCCUCCCUCCUCACCCUCUUCUUCUACCUCUAUCUCUUCCUAUGGAAGAAGAGAUCAAAGCCCACUCUCCACCUUCCCCCCGGCCGACAAGGCCUCCCUUUCCUCGGCGAAACCUUCUCCUACCUCAAACCCCACCCCGCCACCACCAUCGGCCAAUUCAUGCAGGACCACAUAACCCGCUACGGGAAGAUCUACAGGUCCAACCUUUUUGGUGAUCCCACCAUCGUUUCUGCAGAUGCAGGGCUAAAUCGCUUCAUCCUGCAGAACGAGGGGCGGCUGUUCGAGUGUAGCUAUCCUAAGAGCAUCGGAGGCAUACUCGGCAAGUGGUCCAUGUUGGUGCUCGUCGGAGAGAUGCAUCAGAGCAUGAGGAUGAUAUCUCUCAAUUUCAUGAGCAGCGCUCGCCUCCGCUCCAUCCUCCUCCCUGAGAUUGAGAGACAGACUCUCAUGGCUAUCUCUUCCUGGAAGCAGGAUGUCGCCUUCUCUGCUCAGGAUGAAGCCAAGAAGUUUACUUUUAACUUGAUGGCGAAGAACAUCAUGAGCAUGGAGCCAGGGGAGAUGGAGACUGAGAAGUUGAGGAAAGAGUACAUAACAUUCAUGAAAGGUGUGGUGUCUGCGCCAUUGAAUCUUCCUGGAACUCCAUACUCAAAAGCCUUGAAGUCACGAUCGAAUAUUCUUAGAGUGAUUGAGAAGAAGAUGGAGGGGAGGAGACAUCAAAGAAAUGAAGAAAAGGAAGAAGAAGAUGACUUGUUGGGAUGGGCUUUGAAACAAUCUUCUCUGUCAAAAGAACAGAUUUUGGAUCUUCUUCUGAGUCUGCUUUUUGCAGGCCAUGAGACCUCCUCCAUGGCUUUGGCUCUCACCAUUUUCUUCCUUGGAAGCUGCCCAAAAGCUGUUCAACAACUUAGGGAGGAGCAUCUAAUUAUUGCUGGGAAGAAAUUGGAAAAAGGGGAGUCGGUGCUAAACUGGGAGGAUUACAAGCAAAUGGAGUUUAGUCAGUGUGUGAUUAAUGAGACACUUCGGCUUGGAAAUGUAGUGAGGUUUGUCCAUAGAAAAGCUAUUCAAGAUGUGCAUUAUGGAGGUUAUGAUAUCCCAUGUGGAUGGAAAGUUCUUCCAGUGUUUGCUGCUGUUCAUUUGGAUUCAGAGCUUUAUAACGAGCCUCAUCAAUUCAAUCCAUGGAGGUGGCAGCAGAAAAGCUCUUCGGGUAUGGCUGUAAACAACAAUUUCAUGCCAUAUGGUGGUGGGUCGAGAUUAUGUGCGGGCUCGGAACUGGCUAAGCUUGAAUUGGCCGUAUUUUUGCACCAUCUAGUGAUCAAAUUCCGAUGGGAGUUGAUCCAAUCCGACUGUGCCUAUGCCUUCCCUUUCGUCGAUUUCCCGAAAGGGCUACCAAUCAAAGUUCAUGCCAUAACAUAGUAUCACAUUGUUAAACUAACAUUAGGAUGAGAGACAAGAUUGGAGAGAUGACUCUCUUGUACAUAUGAAGAUGAGUGGAUAUUGAUUUUUAAAGGCUUUCGCCAUUUUGUAAGGAGAAAAUAUUAUGCGCACGUGCGGUUUUGGGUUGUACGUGUCAAGUUCUCUUCGAGUAUAACCUUGAUACACUCCAAGUACACGCAGCCGCACUUACUAUGAAUGUAGUAUUUUCUUUCUUUUGCAAAACGAAGCCAGCUAUCUUUGCCCACAUUGUAAAGCAUUCCAUCCAUAUUAACUUCGUUUCUUUGCUAUUUGUAUUUCG